AUGCCAAAGAUAUUCAUGCUUCACCUCCUCCUCCUCUUGCUUCUCAUUAUUUGUGUUUUUUUUCUUCAUGUAGUUAAUAACAAUAAGAAUAUUCCGGUAGCUGAUGCCGUUAACAACAAGGCAGAAGCUCAUUCAGCAGAAAAAGAAGAAGGAAGUAACACAGCUAGAACAUUCACUUUCCGAGAACUCGCCUCCGCGACGAAGAAUUUCCGUCAAGAAUGUUUAUUAAGCGAAGGCGGAAUCGGUAGAGUUUUCAAAGGAACACUUCAAUCAAGUGGCCAGAUUGUGGCUGUUAGGCAACUAGACAGGGGUGCAACACAAGGGAACAGAGAAUUUCAGGUCGAAGUUCUAGUGCUGAGUCUUCUUCGCCACCCGAAUCUUGUUCGUAUGAUCGGAUAUUGUGCCGAUGGAGAUCAACGGCUAUUGGUGUACGAAUAUUUACCGUCGGGUUCUUUGGGAACCUACUUAUUCGAUAUUUUGGGAGAUAAAAGACCGUUAGAUUGGCCGACGAGAAUGCGAAUAGCUUCCGGUAUUGCUCAAGGGCUCGAGUAUUUACACGAGAAGGCGAAUCCACCAAUCAUAUACCGGGACUUGAAAUCGUCGAAUAUUUUGCUCGACGAGGUGAAAAAUCCGAAACUAUCGGAAUACGGGCUCGCGAAGCUGAUGCAGAGUGGCGGCGGCGGCAAUAAGACGAAUGUAUCCCCGAGGGUGAUUUCGGGCUACGGCUAUUGUGCACCGGAGUACGAAAGGCACGGCGAACUCACGUUGAAAUCGGAUGUGUAUAGUUUUGGUGUGGUCCUACUCGAACUUAUAACGGGCCGUAAGGCUUUCGACUCCGAACGGCCCGCAAACGAGCAAAAUUUAGUUAGUUGGGCACAAUCGUAUUUUCAUGAUCCGAAGAGGUUUUCGGAUAUGGCGGACCCGCUUCUCAAGAACGAAUUCCCGGUGACGAGUUUAAAUCAAGCGGUGGGAGUUGCAUCCAUGUGUCUGCAAGAGGAACCAUCCGUUCGGCCAUUGAUCACCGAUCUUGUGGCCGCCCUUAGUUUCCUUGCAACGGCUCCUUCUGAAGCCCCCGUUCCGUCCCGUCUCGUUCCCAUGUUGUCCGUGAGGGCGGAAGCGGCAAGUGAAUACGGAGACACAAACAAUUUUGGCCAAUAAUACAAAACGACGAUAUUUAAUUUCGGAUUAUUUGAGAGAAAAGGGUCUAAGAAUGUCAUCCUAAUAGAAAACGGAAUUCGAUAGUUAAGUCGAUGAGGAUAGAAAACAGGAUCGUGUAUCGGGGACAAUGAGAAUUCCUUAGGACAGGUUUUUUUAAGGAAUUGGAAAAACGGGUACUCGAGAAAAGACGAAAAAAAUGUCCGGAAGGUUGUGGAAGAGGACUAAUGGAAGCUUGAGCAGUUCAAUUUAACAAUGUAGAAACCAGCUUCAUCAGA